CGUAAUUUUGGUUUCUUUAAAACUUUGGGCCUAAAGGGACCGAAACCAGUGGUCAUAUUCGGUAAUCUAUUAGAUUAUUUAUUUGUGUCAAAGCCUGACCUCGAAGUGCAGCGAAUGAAACAAUUUGGCAAACUUUACGGAAUAUUCGAAGGUGGCAAACCGUUUAUACAGGUGUCGGAACCCGAGAUCAUCAAACAGAUCCUGGUGAAAGACUUUCGCUUGUUUAACACCAAACCGCGCAUCAUUCAAGAGGGCAACCGUGUCAUCGACCAAAUGCUGCUCACGUCAAAGGGCGACACCUGGCGGAGGGCGCGCACCGCUGUGAGCCCGGCGUUUACCAUUGGGCGCAUGCGCAAACAGUACCCGCACGUGCGCCACUGCGUGCGCGAACACCUGUUGCCCGUAUUGUACACUCACGCCGACUCACGCACGCCGUGUGACCUGAAACUGGUGUACAGUUAUUUCGCGCUGUCGGCGAUAAACCGAUGCGCGUUCGGCGUCCCGACCGACCCCUACCGCGACCUCCAACACCCGCUGGUGGCCAACGCGUGGCCAGUGUUUCGCCUCCCGGUGUGGAAGAUGUACGCCUUGCAAGUGCUGCCGACGGCAUUGUUGCGCACAUUUAAUAUCGACUCGUUUUUUAACGAGACGUGUAUCAAGAAUAUCGAUCGCACUAUACGUCAGAUUAUACGCGCGAAAGCGAGUGCCGGCGAUAACGGCGACGAUUUUAUUAGCGCUGUUAUGCACUCGAAGCCCGAUGUUUAUGAUGAUCAAGAUGUGGACAGUCUAGUGAUGGCGACCAAGACUGACGACCACAACGCGGUGAGAGAGCCGCUGACCGAAGACGAAGUGGUGGCCCAGGGGUUCAACAUGUAUACGGCUGGGUUCGACCAAAUGGCGAAUCUCAUGGCGUUUGUGUCGUACGAAUUGGCGCUCAAACCGGAAGCUCAGGAACGGCUGUACGCGGAGAUCGUGGCCGCCGGCGCCCAAUCAGACGGCGAGAUUGGUUACGACGAGUUGCGCCGAUUGCCAUACAUGGAUGCCGUGGUAAACGAGACGCUCCGACUGCACGCCACGCCCGUCAAACUGCGGCGCACACCGGGUAUGGAUUUCCCGUUGACGGGCACCGGGAUUGUGAUCCGUAAAGGCCAGCCCCUGGAAAUCCCGAUCUACGCUAACCAUCACUCGGACGAGUACUUUCCCGACGCCGAGAGUUUCAUUCCCGACCGCUUUUUGCCGGAAAAUCGUGACAAUAUAAAGCCCUACACUUUCCUGCCGUUCAGCGCCGGUCCCCGGGUUUGUGUGGGACAGCCGUUCGUGUUGUUGGAGACUAAGCUGGCGUUGUUUCACGCGUUGCGUCGCUUCCGGUUCGCCGUCCAUAAGGACACAAAAGUGCCGCCAAUUGUCAAAACGCAUCCAAUGAUCAAAGGACUCGUAUCGCUGUAUCUCUCGGUUGUGGCCCGAGAUUAAUAUAAAUGACAUUUAACAAGUUUGUUUU